GGUAGGAAUGCAGGUGGUGAGAACAGGGGCCGGCAGACAAGCAGUCUGGCACAGCCAGAGCAAGACGGUGCCUUGGAGAGGGAAGCGGCCAGGAGGCCAGGAGUCGUAAAGUGUGGGCUUGACAAAAAAACAAACAUCAAGAAGCAGAAGAAGCUGCUGUGCCACUGCCACUUGGGUGUUAGGACACUGAAACAGACUUGGCUUUGCUUCUUUUCACCCAUUCGUUUCUCAACAGCAGUUACUUUGAAUCAGGAACCUAAUCCAGCAGCAGACGCUAUUACAGCACUUUCUAGGUGUGGUCACACCACCUCCCUCCAGCAUCCAGAGCGUGGCCAUGAAGAGUAAGAGUAAGGAUGAGGCCAGCGACACAGACAGUGGGAUCAUAGUGCAGUCAGGACUAGACAGCCCUGUGUCUCCAAUGAAGGAUCUGACCCAAGCCAUGAGAAAGCAGCAGAAGGCUCUGGAGGAACGGCUAGAAGCCUGUGUAGAAGAGCUGAGAAGGCUGUGUUUGCGUGAGGCGGAACUGACAGGAAUGCUGUCUUCAGAAUAUCCUUUGAAACCAGGAGAGAAGCCUCCAAAAGUCCGCCGUCGAAUUGGUGCUGCUUUCAGACUAGAUGAAAAGGCAGUUUUCUCAAGAGGAGAGGAUCCCUUGAGCACAUUGGAGAGAGAUCUGGCUCUUCAGCUGCAGAUUGCUGAAGCUUCGCGUUGCCUCUUGCGGGAAGAGAAUCUUACUAAGCAGGUUCGGAAGUGCCGGAAAAGUGCCGUGCUGAAGGAGGAAAAGAAGCUGAAAGAGUUGGAGCAAGCCCUGGUGGAGUAUCAACUGGCUGCCAAGCAUUCAUUGCAACUAAGGGCUAGUGCUCCAGCCUUAGGAGGGCUCAGUGCCUCUGAUGAGAGUUCCCUGUCAGAUACGGCUCUCAUAGAAGAAGAACACCAGGAGUUGAACACCUGUAUUCCUUCAAAGCUCACAGCUUUGGCUGAUCCCAUACCACCCAGUAGUUCUUCAGCUCAGCCUCCCCGUCCUGAGUUGCUAGAGAGACAGCCCCACUACCAAGUUGCCAGAGUGGAAUCCUCACCUAUCCAGAACAGCCCCUGGAAAGAGACCAGCCUGGAUAAACCCUAUGAAAAGCCCAAGAAAUCAUUUGAGUCCAGCAGCAUGCCAAGCAGUCCAGACGUGAUAUCCCAAUCUGCACCCAGCCCUGUGGCUCCGAGGCCAGUGGAGAUGUCUUCAUGCCACUUUGGCCCUUCUAGGAAGCUGGAAGUAAGGAGACAGGUGGGUUCCAGUGCCCCACCAACGCCCGAGUUCCUGGGAAGAAGAGGGCAAUCUCAACUCAUCAGGGUGUCUUCAUCCCGGGAAGGUUUGGAGUCCCGUGGAAGGAGUGCAUUGCCAAGGAGGCGCCCCACCUACUACACGGUUACCGUUCCUGAGUACUGCUUCUCUGUCCUCAAGCUCAACCCAGACAUCAAGCCCACCUUUCACUCUGCUUCAGAAGACAGCAAUUCUGAUGUCUCCAGCAUUUCCUAUACAACAUCUGCAGGCAGCAGCAGCCCUGACAUCUCCUUCUUAAAGCCAUCGUCCUCCGUGCCUAUGGAGGAUCGCUUCUCAAGCCGGUUUUGCAAGGGACAUGAAGCGGAAUGCCCUGGUCAGGGUCCUCAGAAGCUGCGGUCCCCUUCAGGUUUCUAUUCUGCCCAGGAGUGCGUGCCUGAAGGCCACUCACCUGCUGGGAUGGAGCUCUGCCAUGGACGUCCACCUUUUCUAUCUGGCAGCUCUACCUACUUUGUCUACAAGGAAGAGAUGGUGCCAGUUAGAUUUCAGAGGUCCAUUGUUUCCCACAGCAGGGUGGUCCGCACUCCCUCCCUGAAGGACUGCCCCCCGAUGGGCUCUCGGACACUCUCCAAGUCAGCUGUGACAGAAGAACUAAAGUCAUGGCAUGAACGGACCCGGCUGCGUAACGCACGGCCCCGUUCACUGGACCGGCAAGGAGCUUUCCGCAUGCGCACUGGAGCAAGCAGAGAGCCGCUCUCUGGCUGUUCUGUGGGGCAGCAAAUUCAGGUACCACGUAUCCAUGUUCUGAAACGUUCUCCAGAAGGAGCCCCUGUGCAGGUCUACGUGCCAGAAAAUGGAGAAAUCAUUACUCAGGUAUAAAGGCUGAUGAACCUAUCCACUUUGCAGAUUUUGACGUGGUCAGCAGGCUGACGGUCUAGUCCAGAAAUCCAGGAUAAGAAGAGGAGGCUUCAAAACAAUGAGUGUCCUUGGACCUGCUGCUCAUGCUGUUUGGGAGAGAACACCUAGGCUCUUUUCUACAAAGCACAGGAGAGGAUAGUUCAGCAUUGCCCAUUGCCUCCCAUGAGGCACGGAUAUAAUGGGAUUGGUACAUUGAGACAGUGGGAUUUCUUGUGCUGUGUGCAAUAUAUGAGACAAUGAGACCCCACCAAACUCUUUGCCUGCCUGCCUAUUUAUUCAUGUUUGUACUGGAAACAUUUUCGUGUGCCCGUAAGUUCUAAAGCAGGGUCUAGAGAUUGUUCUAGAGAUCUUUAAGGUAUCUAAGGAAACAGCCACAUCUUACAAGAUGGAUUCUCUUUCUCCUGUGGAAGUAGAUUGUGUGUAACUACUCCCAGCUGCUACAUAUGGUUCCCGUAUUCUCUUCCUUAUUCUUACACGCAGCAAAGAGCCAAAACAUCAGAUAAGCCUUCUUGAAUAUAGUUUCAUUUACACAUUCCUGCUGUAUUGUUCUGUCUUUUCAUAGACUGCUAUACUUCAAAGCUAUCUGUUUGGUUCUUGUAUGAAUGGCAAAUUUCUUAUUUUCAGCUUUAAAGGAAAAUUGUACCAGAAAAGUGGUCCAUCUUUAUGGGUAAAAUAUAACAUGUUUGCUCUGUUUUUGUAUCUGUGUAACACUCAUCACUUCAUAGAAGCAGUGGAAUCAUAGAAUCAAAUUGCUGGAAGGGGCCUAUACAGCCAUUGAGUCCAACCCCUGGAAGUUCCCUCUAUGUAAGUCAUUUGUCACUGGUUUGACACAAAUCUACUGAUCAUUUCUCCUACUGACCAAAUAGCAGUUUAAUUUAUUGCAAAAUAAGAGUGCAAUGAACAUUUUGUCAGCUACAGUUAACAGCUGCAGCUGUCUGGUAUGAGAGGAAGGAUGGGUAUGCCCAUCAUACAGAAAGGCAUCAAGAUCAUUACACAACACAAUUAUUUUGUGGCCAUGACUCAACUUUGUACUUUAGCAUAAUGGCAAGCAUGCCUUCCUGACUGAAAUUCAGUCUUCUGACAAUCACAAGGUCUGACUGACUAAAAAGAUCUAUGUGUAGGAAAACCCUGUUGGUACCCAAACCAAUUAAACUUCAUGGUGCUGAACUAUUUGAUAACAUUUUCUAGCAUCCACACUGUACUUCUGAUAUUUGAUACUUAGGGGAAAAAGGGGUUGGCAAGUUUCACUAAUGAUUUUCUCAUGGCCUUUAUCACUUGUAUGAGACAUGAGUGAUGACAUUCUCAUUGCCUCUGCAUUGUGUGGAAGUAUUCCAGAGCACUGAGUAUUCAAUUUAAAUGUCCCAUCAAACAGUUUUCAAAGUUUUUCCAGUGGUGAUCUGCAGCUUGAAUAACCAUAAUGAAGUACAUGAGGCAACGUCACCACAAUAAAAGUGGAUGAACAUCUUUUGCCCCAGACCAGAACCACUAUCAUUAAAAUCUCUGGAUGUUGCCUCCCAGCAGGUUGUCUAUAUUCUGUACAUUAAUAUCAACACUGUUCAAAAGAUCCAAGCCACUGAAAACUGAAUUUUGAAGCCUGUAUAUACUGAAAUCAUACAAGUUAAGCAAUAUAUAGAAUCUAGUUUUGAUAUUCAUGAAAUGGAGCCAGGAGGAAUGCAGGAAAAUGAUACAGCAUGCUUCAAAAAGUGGAAGAUUUUGCCUUGCCAUUCCACUCUGACCAAUAUUGCCCAUAAGAUCAGCCUGCCUUCACAAAAUGGCUCGCUUAAAAGAAAGGAGCACAUUCUUAAGAUGCUGAAUUUCUAUUUAAUAUGAAUUUGUGUCACACAGUCCCUGAAAGAACACAAACACUACAUAUUUUCAUGCCUCGGUUUUAUCUUCUGUUAUUGCAAACAAGACAAUAUUCAAGCACCCAACUCUCAUUAAUCACUAUUUUUGAUUUUGUGGUAAGCUAGAGAUGUUGUCCAACUGCUAAUUAUCGUACUGGAUUGAAUUAUGUGCAUUAUCUGCAGCACACACUGUUCUUUGUAUUGAUCAUAUUGUAUAAAGCUUGCUUUUCAAGGUGCCGUGUCUGCAAAAGGUGGCCCAGACUUAGCCCUAAACAGUGUUAAAUGUAUUUGAAUAUUUUAUUUUGAAUAGAAUAUGUUA